GUGACAGAGCAACACGAACAGAGGCUGAACAGUCGUUUUAAGGAAUCAUGGAUUACGGUGACUAUAAUAACACAUAUCCUGAUGAUAAUUACACAUUUACUGGCAUUGAGUCUGUGACUCCUGAGAUUAAGCCGAUCCAGAUUGUGGCUCUGGUCAUGUACAGCCUUGUGGUCCUGCUGGGUGUGCCUGGAAAUGCUCUGGUGGUGUGGGUGACGGGGUUCUGCAUGUCCCGCUCUGUCACCUCCCUCUGGUUCCUCAACCUCGCUUUGGCUGAUCUUCUGUGCUGCCUCUCCAUCCCCUUGCUUAUGGUCCCUCUGGUCCACGACGACCACUGGCACUUCGGUCCGCUGGCCUGCAUGCUCAUCAGAGGCCUGUUUUACCUGGUGAUGUACUGCAGCAUCCUGCAGCUGGUUGUGAUCAGCGUGGAUCGUUUGUUGCUGGUCAUCAGACCCAUCUGGUGUCAGAACCACAGGCGACCCAAACAGGGUGCUUAUGGAUGUGUUGCUGUGUGGGUCCUGGCCCUGAUAGGCAGUAUCCCACAGUUUGUGUACGCCAAGCAGAUUGAGGCAGGUGACGAGAAGAGAGAGUGUAGGAUGGAGUACACUGUAGACAGUGCCUGGCCUGUCUCUGUUUUUCGCUUCCUGAUUGGAUUCAUUAUUCCUUUCCUGGUUAUUUUAGUUUGUCACUUGGUGGUCUUCAGCAAGACACAGAGGGGAAUGACACGAGGUCGGGUCCGGUCCAAGAAAACACUGAGAGUCAUCAUCGCUGUGGUGCUGAGCUUCUUCUUGUGCUGGAUACCUCUGCACAUUGUGGAUUUCCUCAUACUGACCACCCCUCGGGUUUCCUCUGUGAGCCCCAAACUUCACCAGGCACACGUUCUAGCGCUCUGCCUGGCUUACUUCAACAGCUGCCUCAACCCUAUGCUCUAUGUGUGUCUGGGUCAAAGCUUCAAAGACAGCAUGAACCGCUCCCUGCGUAACAUCCUCCACUUCAUCAGCGAGGACCCGACCACCAAGAUCAGCAUCACCCAUAUGGACACCAAGAGCACCAGUAAUGGCAAGGAGAUGACAAAAAUAUGAUCGUGUACUGACUCUAAAACACAGACAGGACUGCUGUAAUAUACCAAUUUCCAUCACAGUUGAAGUUUCACAAAAGAAUAAGUAAAUUCUGCUGGCCUUGGCUUGGAUAUGAGCCAUUAGAUUUGACUUGAUUUAUAUGAACAAAAAAAAGGUCUGUGGAUACAAAUACCCUGCCUUCACUUUUCAUGAGCUAUUAAGACUUUUUUCUGGUUAAGUUGGGUGGUAAGUAAAUAUGUUUUAAAGAAUCUUUAGAGGUUUCAAAUGUGGAACCGUUACUCAUUCUGCAACAUUUCUGUGAAACAUCACGUCUUAUGCAACAAAACUCUUGGCACUUCUAGUUUUUUCUCUCACAAAAGGAAUAUUUUAGAUUCUAUUGAGGUAUUUGUUUUUUAUCAUGUAUCGUCUGCCUUUUUGUCAUGUU